GUGAAUUUUGAGAAUGGGUGAUUAAAAAGGAGUUUCUAUAUUCGAUUUUGGGAAGACUGGGAAUAAAUUUUGGUAACCUUGUGAUAAAUCUGUCUUGGAUACCUAAUCUUUUUUGGUUGAACAAGAAUUCUUGACAGCAGGAAAGUUAAUGGUCAAACCAAUCUUCAUUGUGUUGGGAUUAGAAUACAUUUACAAAGUUACUGUUGAUAGUUUGAAGUGUGCUCCCCUUGCUACCAUGCAUUUGAGCAUCAUUGAUCCUGGGGCUGAUCAUAUAGUUUAAUUAAAUUCUGAUGAGCAAUAAUUCGGAUUCAAGUUGACAUAUCAAACUAAAUCAUUGGAUAUCUUUCUAUCUGACAAAUUGUUGUAUGAUCAAUGGAAGCAGCAUUUCAAAAGAUUUUGUUUGUUGGAGAAUUUUCAUGAUGCUUUCUUAGUUUCCAAAUUGAUAGGAAAAGGAAGCUUUGCUAAAGUCUAUUUGGCAACGAGAAAGGAGAAUAACUAACAAUAUGCUAUCAAAGCAUUUAGUAAGUCCUUUAUGCAAUAACAACAUAAAGGAAUCGAAAGUUUAUUAAAUGAAAUGUAGGUGAUGAGACGAUUAAAUCAUUAAAAUGUAGUCAAGUUGCAUGAAGUACACGAAACCGCAAAUUCCGUUUACUUCGUAGUCGACAUAGUAAGUGGAGGGGAAUUACUACAGAGAGUCAGAGAAACAGGCUUCCUGCCUGCUGAAACACUCUAGAAAUUGGCCUAUAAUUUACUAUCAGCAUUAAAUCAUUUGCAUCAAUACCAAAUUGCGCAUAGAGACUUAAAACCUGAAAAUUUAUUAUUACGCUCAAUUGAAAAUAAUCAUGACAUUAUAUUGGCAGAUUUCGGAUUGGCAGCAAAACUAACUGAUGAAAAUAUCUUAUUCAAAAGAUGUGGAACUCCAGGAUUUGUGGCACCUGAAAUUCUAGAAUACGUCGAAGGAUAAUAAUUCUAUGAUGAAAAAUGCGAUGUUUUUAGUGCUGGUGUAAUACUUUAUCUCCUGAUAACUGGAGGAUAGCCAUUCAAUGGAAAAGAUUAGAAGGCUAUUCUAAAAGCCAAUAAAGAUUGUUAAAUUGAUUUUGAAGACUCUCUUUUUAAGUCAGCUCCAAUUCAAAUGCAAGAUCUUAUUAGAUCGAUGUUAUAAAAGAAGCCAUCUUAUAGAUUGAGCUCAAGUGAAUGUCUAAGACAUCCAUAUUUCAAAGAAUUAGUCAAGCAAUCGUAAAUUUAGUAGGACAAGUAUUAAAACAAUCUAUAGGAUUACAAUUAAUAAUUCAAGAACAAUGUAAGGUAGGGUUCCAUAGAUAUAUCUUUGGAAUAAAGAUAACCAGCAUUUACUGGGAAUCUGAACUCCAUUGAAUCAAUUUCCUGUGUUUCAAAUGGAUCAUUUGCCAAAUUGGAAAUGAAAGCACCUUCAGUUGUUGGAGCCUCCAAAUUUAGUCAGUACAGUUCUCGUUUGAAUAGAUUGGGUUCCAGAGAUAUAUCGGAUAUUCCCACUACCUAAUUGCAAAAGACUGAAUCAAAAAAACACAUCGACUUACAUAGAAUAGCAAUCCAAAAUUCACAUAGAAAAUAAAUUAUAGAUUAAUUUGAAGAUCAACCUGUUUACUAAGAAAACUCAGAAGUGUCAGAUAUGGUCAGGUUAUACAAUUCUACAAGAUAAAUUAGAAUUCCUGAAAAUUUAUCUUAAUUCUCAUAAUCAAACAAAUAAGCAUCUACUCCAACUAACAAGAAUUCUUGA